AGGGAUGUUUCUGACUUUACGUCAACAGAGGUGGAAUGCGCGCGUGCCAAUAGAUGAUAAUAAGAUACGCGACUCCGUGUUGGGACCUACGUGGGAUCUGUAAAGGCGAGCGCUGGAAGUAUUCUCGUGUGAUUCCCGUGUCAAUUGUUUUGUCCAACUGGAAUAACAGUAUCUGGAUUCAAUAGCAGGAAUAAAAGCAGAUGCAAUGUGCGCUUAUAAUAGCCUGUUUAGAAUGCAAUUUAAAAUCGCGUCAAAACGCUUUCAUGCGGUUCAUCGGUAGAAAUGAUGCAGAACCCAUGGACACGUCGGUGGGACACUUUCAGGUAAAUUUAACCGGAUCAAAAUCCAUUGGAUGAUGCACUCAGCGGAAAAUCACAUUAUCUUGGUCCUUAUUAUCCUAAAUACAACCCUUACACCUCUUCUACGAAGGGUUAACGGCAACCCUUUAGUAAUGGACCCCAAUAGUAUUUGUCGUAAGACCAGACCUCUUUUAGACAGACAUGCUGACCUGUGCCAGUCUCAACCUGAGAUCAUUCAAGAGGCGGCAAAAGGUGCCAGGCUGGGCAUGCGAGAAUGCCAACAUCAGUUUCACAAUCAUCACUGGAACUGCAGCAGCCAGAGCAGAAACCUGGCCAAAAUUCUGCAACAAGAUAUCCGGGAAACUGCGUUUGUGUAUGCCAUCACAGCUGCCGGGAUAAUGCAUGCAGUAACACAAGCCUGCAGCCAGGGAGAGCUGCCACAGUGUGGCUGUGUGACCCUUCAAAGUUCCAAUGAACCUCAUCGUGACUCUCCGGCAGAGGAGAUAAACAAUCUGACUUCACCUGCCCUAUAUGGAGACUGGAAAUGGGAGGGCUGUGGAGAUGAUGUGGACUUUGGCUAUAAAAAGUCUCAUCUGUUUAUGAAUGCCAUGAAGCGAAAAGGCAGAAGUGAUAUCAGGACUCUUAUUGACCUGCAUAACAAUGAAGCAGGAAGGCAGGCCGUACAGAUACAAAUGCGUAUGGAGUGUAAAUGUCAUGGCCUUUCUGGUUCCUGCACUCUUCGCAGCUGCUGGAGAAAGAUGCCUCUCUUCCGUCAAGUUGGUGACCACCUCAUGCAGAAAUUCCAUACUGCUGUCCGCGUGAUGGGAGGGAAUGAUGGUAAAUCGCUUGUUUCCGUCAAUGUGGAUACUCCAGCCCUGGAUGCAGACUUCCUGAUUUAUUCAGCCGAGUCACCUGACUUCUGCCAGGCCAAUCAAAGGACGGGUGCCGAGGGCACGCAGGGUCGUGUGUGUAAUAGCACAGGAACAGGGCCGGGAGGCUGUGACAGACUGUGCUGUGGAAGAGGAUUUGUAGAUUACAGUAUGGGAUAUGAAGAAAACUGUUUGUGUCAGUUUCUCUGGUGCUGCGUGGUUCAGUGCCAAAGAUGUUCGGUGAGAAAGGAUGUCAGCAUCUGCUUGUAAAACACACCUACUGGGGUCAACCACUAUGCCGCCGAGCUCAGUUCCAACUCUGGGACACACAUGAACUAGUUAUUUAAAAUCUUCAGGGUUGAACUGGUAUUUCUCUGCAGAAAGGAGUGUUUAAUUAGGGUUGAGAUUAAACUUUGCCAGACCAGACAGUCUGGAGCAAGACUUGACACCCCUGCCCAGAGGGAGUUCCAGAAAGCUGGUUAUGUUUUGAAUUUAAAAAUGUCUCUUAAUGUAUUCCCAGUGUGCGUGCAUUAAUUUUUGGUUACCAGUAGGAGGUGGA